AUGAUGGCUGUUUCAUCGAUGUAUUUACAACAAUUAUUUUUUUCUUGUGACAAAGAGAAUAUCUCUGUCUACAAAUCAUGUAAUUACCAACGUUUUGUACACCAGAGAAGGCCAACCUGUAAAAGACACACCACUAAGCCCAUCGGUUCGUAUACAACCUUUCACAAGCAAUUUAUACACUUAAAAACGAAUAACACGGGCUAUCAUUUUCGUUCCAUUUCCUCUUCUCACAAUUCCUUAUCGCUAAAAAAUGUGCCAUUCACAGAAACACCAUCUCAAAACUAUAAAUUGGUUGGUGUAGUGGCAGGAUAUGUGAAAGGAACGGUAGGCAUGCUUAGUUUUCUUGUUACUGAUCAUUUCUCUGUCUUUGUACGUGCACAUCAUCGAUAA